CGAUACAAUAAAGCUCGAUGGACUGAAAGGGGCUCUAAGUUUCUUUUCUUACGCAUCUCAUCAUUGACGGCCGUACGGGCGAAUCCUUCCUUGCGGAAUUCAGGGAACUGUCACGCGCGUUUUUGGAAGAGAUAUACUCGCAGGAAAUCCACAAAUCAAAGCAAGAUUUGCCUGAGGGCGGACAAUGUACAACUUGGAGAACUGCCAGAACUGUGGGCAAGCAUUCGAGACACGGGAUACGAGCCCGGCCUCGUAUAAGGUCCUUGCUUUGCCAUGUGGCCACAUAGUUUGCACGCCGUGUGCGAGACUGCCAACGCUAACACCGGCUACUAGUAGAAGUCGGUGCGGGGCUUGCCACAUCCCCUACACUAAACGGGAAAUUUAUACCCUCCAAAUCGCCCCGACAUCUGACCCGCGUUCCAAGGGCCCCCAAUCCCUCUUAGAUCUUGCGUCCGCUUCGCAUGCCGCCACACAGAAUACUAAUCCAGCCGAAUUGCGUGAAAGAGCACUGUUGGACCAAAUACAGCAACUCGAGUCUCUGGUAGCUCUGCGAGAUCACCAACUUCAGGAAUGGAAGAGUCAGGUAGACAAGAAUGCGCGCACUCUGUUGGACUACCUUCGAGAAAUCAGAGAACUGAAGGGCGAAGUACUUUCAUGGUGGAGAAGGUACCAGGCCAGGGAUAUGGAAUAUCAAGCGUUGCGGGAAACACUCACUCAUAGACAGCUUCCAAACAGACCCAGCCGACGUUCCCCGGUAGAGAUUUCGACUGACGAGGAACUAUCACCACGGAGAAAACAGAGACAUGCAAAGCCUCCAGAUGGGAUUCGAACCGUAUCUUAUCAAGAAUAUAUUAAUAGGAAGUCAGCAUCCCCCUUCUUCCGACACCAAGAACCCCCUAUUACGCCCACGGCUAUUCCUCCGCCAUACGAGGGAUAAACGGUUAUUAUUUUCUUCGAUUCCAAUCAUCCCCAUACACUUCAUUUCUUUGUUGGUUGCUAGGUCCCUGUAGUAUUGAGUACCCCACCGUUGUUGUAAUUGUACCGCUACUCGUAAAUGUGCGGCAAGUUAUUUUCGUAGAAUGUUCCAUCGGCUGC